GACAUGAAAGUGAAAGUCAGAGGAGAGAUUCGACUUUAAGGGCGUUUCCUGUUUUCAGACGAGACAAUGGCGGCCAGUUGUCAGGACCUCGUUCUCUCCACUCUCCAGGAACUCGGAAAAGAUAGUUUCAAAAGGUUUAAAUCCUCCCUGAGAGAUGAGGAAUUCUUAGGACCCCACAACUUUAAGACGAUCCCCCUAAUACAACUGGAGGACAAAGACUGUGUGGAUGUGACGGAACGUCUUAUCAGUCACUACACCAGAGAUGGAGCCCUAUGGGUCACCUACAUAAUCCUGGAGAAGAUCAACGAAAAGCAGCUGGCGGAACGUCUCCGGAAACAUUUACCUUCUAAAUACAUGGAACUGUGAAGAAGGUUCAGUCCUCAGGAAGGACCUCGGGGAGAAGCUCCGCCAUCACCUCCCUCUGCCGACAUUCUCUGACAUUUAUUUUAUACAAUAUUCAGUCCAAUUAUUGUUUAUAUUUGUACAAUAAUAAAUCGGUUUCGUUACA